GGCAGGUUUAUUACUGUCAGCAUGGAGCAAAGUCCUCCAGCAGGCCUCCACACAGCACCAGCUGUUUGGCGCUCUCUCUUCACCCCCGUUCCCACUCUCCUGUCCCAGGGCAUCCACGGCUAUGAGUGACAGGUCGGGGCGGUCCAUGUACCCCCUCUCCUCAUGACCAUGAAUGUUCCAAGAUAUCACCAGGAAAACCCACAGCCUAUGGCCCCGCACCCCGCUGGGUACGCGCAGGACCUGCCGACACAGGACGGCCCGUCAACAUCAGGGGAGCUGAAGGCAGACCCUGAUGUGCGUCCGGAGCAGGAGGAGGCAUGUCCUGUGUGUGGCGAUCGAGUGUCCGGAUACCACUAUGGGCUCCUGACCUGCGAGAGCUGCAAGGGCUUCUUUAAGCGCUCUGUGCAGAAUAAUAAGCGCUACACCUGCGCUGAGCGGCAGAGCUGCCCUAUGGAUCCAGCUCAGAGGAAGAGGUGCCCCUACUGCCGCUUCCAGAAGUGCCUUGCUGUGGGCAUGAAGAGAGAGGCUGUGAGGGCAGACAGAAUGAGGGGUGGACGGAACAAAUUUGGACCUCUCUAUCGUCGGGACAGGCAGCUCAAACAGCAAAGAGGGGGCUUCCACCAAGCCAGCACUGCCCACUACAGGAUCAAACUAGAAGGACCACAAGCACCUUUGCCUGCCCUAUCACAUGACUUUCACCUGCUGCCCGGCCCUUUCCCAGCGGCACUUGGCCCUGACCCCUUCCACCAGUCACAGCCCAUUUCCCCCACAGUCAGCCAACCUGAGCUCCCAGUGGUGUUGGAUUGCACCAUGGCCAGAGAAAGAGCACUGACUGCUGCAGGCCUUCCCUAUGGCGGACUUUACCACCCUGGUUUCCACGGUUACCCUCAUGAGAAGAGGGAGAUGGCCUAUAGCUACAGUUCGGCCUCUGUGACGCCCCUGACCCCAGGUGCAAUACACAGUGUUCCCACACCGGUGCUCACGCCCCCUUCCACACACACACCGACGUCCACUCCCACUCUGACCCCCGACCCCCCAGCAUCCAGCACAAGCUUCCUGAGCGAGCUGCUGCAGGGCGAGCCAGAGGAGUCACAGGUCAGCGCGCGGGUGGUAGCCAGCCUGCGGAGAGAGCAGGCCAGCCGUGGCAAACAUGACCGUCUCAACACCUUCAGUAUCAUGUGCAAGAUGGCUGACCAGACGCUGUUCGGGCUGGUGGAGUGGGCCCGAAACUGCACGCUGUUCAAGGAGCUUAAGGUGGAGGAUCAGAUGGUGUUGCUGCAGAGCUGCUGGAGCGAGCUGCUGGUCCUGGACCACCUGUGCCGACAGGUGGCUUAUGGGAGAGAUGGCAGCAUCUACCUGGUUACAGGACAACAGAUUGAGGUGUCUACAGUGCUGUCCCAGGCUGGGCCGACGUUGAGCAGUCUGGUCUCCAGGGCGCAGGACCUGGUGUCUAAGCUCAGGGCGCUCCAGCUGGACAGACAAGAGUUUGUCUGUCUUAAGUACCUUGUUCUCUUCAACCCAGAUGUGAAGUCUGUGCAGGACCGACAGCAGGUGGAGCGCACGCAGGAGCGGGUGAACAGAGCUCUAAUGGAACACACCCUGCAGACUCACCCCGGCCACUCCGACAAGUUCGGCCAGCUGCUGCUCCGGCUGCCUGAAGUGCGCAGCAUCAGCCUGCAGGUGGAGGAGUACCUGUAUCAACGCCACCUGCUGGGCGACCUGCCCUGCAACUCACUGCUCACCGAAAUGCUGCACGCCAAGCACACCUGACACAGCCUUUCUGCAACUUGUUAGAAUAUUUAAGUGCCUUGCUGUCUUUUAAUCCCCCCAGUACUAAAGCACUCAGGACAGCAACCAAACACACAUACCGUAGUUUGCAAAAGUCAGAGACCAUCCUUCAUUGUUUUAACUACCAAGGUAAACGGCCACUAAGUACAGCUCAUACAUUUUUCUGGAUGAGGAUAUUAGAUAUAAGAAAAUCCACUUGCAUAAGAAAGUCAAAGAAAAAUAAAACAGGAAUUUCCAAUACAGGAGUUCAAAAUAUUAUUCGAAACAACAAUGAAAGACCUGGUUGACCACAAAAACUGUCCCCCUCUGAUAAACAGGACUUAAAGCUUUCAUCUUUGAAAGGAUCAGAUUUUAAAAAAAUCCACAGGUGUUUCUGUCCAUCCUUCCACUGUGAGAAGACAACUCAACACUAUGGGUCUGAAAGGAUGUGUGGCUGUCAAGAAGCUCUUACUCCAGUAACACUUUAUUCAGAGUGGUCCUUUGUAGUUGAUUAAUUAACUCUUAAAAGAUUAUCAGUAACACAUCAACAUUACAGUGAAGUGGCAGCAGUGAAGCAUCUGAAUACACUGAAGUAAAUAUCUUGUAGAUGUUCUGCUGAUACAUUACUUACAUUAAGUAGUAUUGUAAAUAUGUUACUUCCAUUACACAAAACCCAACCUUCACCCUGGCCCUAAUCCUAACCCUAACCUCAACCUCAACCCAGAACCUAACCCUAACCCUCAUCCUAAAACCUAAUCUUAACCCUCAUAUGUUUGACAAGUUACUGAAAGUCCGUUGAGUUUGUUUUAUCUAAAAAGGACCACUCAAAAUAGUGUCACCAAAUAUCCCUGCAGAUUUCUUUGAAAAACAUUGUCUCUCAAAAAGAACGGAAGCUGUAAUAAAGACAAAACGUGGAUACACUAAAUACUGAAAAAUAGUAUAUUUAGUUGUUGAGACUUCUGUGUAAUUUUCUGCUGAAUAUGUUUUCUAUUUCUUCUUGUACUUAAUGGCCAUUCUGACUGGAAAUUACAUAAAUUAAGGGUCGUCUCUCACUUUUGGUCACCAUCUCUGGUCUUGGAGAUUUACCUUCCAACCACAAUCUGUUUCAGCUAAUUAACGUCUUCAGAAGACCUUGAUUGGCUGCAUCAGAUGCAUCAGUGAUAGGUGAGCAUGUAAAAUGCAGGUAGGAGCUGACCUCUGCCAGAAAGUACAUUUCCAGAAGAAGGGUUUGUGUCCACUAAUCUUCACAGUAAGUGGGAGGACUCAAACACUGCCCUUUGUUAAAAAAAACACCCACUGUACAUCCCUCAAUCACACACACUCAUUACAGACAGUGCAAUAUUCCUGUAAUUAAUGUUCAUAAGAAUGUACUAGAAUAAAGUGCAUCUGUGAAUCAA